AUUUUAUUAAUUCAUAAACUACAACAUGAGCUGUCCUGGAUUUGGCGAAGUUAAUAUACCCUCGUCGCGCGCCUUUUGGGACGACUGCGAGGAGGACGAAUUUGAGAAUGUCGGCCAGGCCGAGAAGUUGCAGCUAAAGUUCGACGGGGAAUCUGGCCUGAAUGUAGCCGCUCUGCAGAGUGAGAUUCUAGUUGUUGUUGAGGGUCCGAGCGUAACACACUUUGGCAGCUCGGUGCUACUGAAUGGCACCAAACGAAUAUGCGGAAUUCCUCCGAAGACAUCUUCGCUGCACUGGAAUCCGACAUCCAAACAGCUACUGGCCGUUCUCGAAGAUGACCUCACAAGCAGUGGGGAGGUCACAGAGCUGCUCUUACCAUAUGCCAAAUUGGCCAAGAAAGCGGUGACCAUCACGCUGAAGUCAAAGGUCGACUUUAAGAGCGAGGAAAUUCAAAAAUAUAGUGACGAUAUAGCCAUUGUACGUGGGGUUGGAGUGAACGAGACGGAUACGACUGAGCUAGAGGCUCCCAACUUCAUAGCCGGUGUGGCGGCGGGCAUUGCCAGCUGGCGAAAUCAGGCGGACCUGCCCGUGAGUUCGUUUGUAGUCUACACUGACAAGCUGCCUUUGGACUCCACGGCUGCCCAACCAGUGCUCAAGCUGCUCAAAGCAGUUGGAGUGUCGUGCAGUCCCAGUUACGUGCCGGCUCGCAAGGAGAGCUCUUACUUAUAUAUGUAAACUAAUUGCGGUGCAGAUUUUUAUUUUUAAUGCGGUUUUGGUAGCAACAUUUCACAAUAAUAUACAAUGAUGGACCUGAUUUAUUUCAAUA